CAUCAUGGAUCGUAGUUGAUUUGAAGAUACGGUUCAGUGGUCACGUUUUUAUUAAUAUUAUUAGUUCUAAUUAAGAAUACUUUUUAUAAGAAGAAAUAAAUCAAAAACCAAUUAUUCUUUGAUUUGUCUUUUUACAUCAGUCCUUAUUGAUGUAUAUGAAGAGUAAUUUGUUAAAGCCAUGACUGUGAGAGAGUGUUAUUGUGUUGAACUGUCGCCCAGCAAAAAAUCGAUUCACGGAUUGAAAAUGAGACACAUAUUCCUAGUACUGGUGUUCGCAAGUUUAAUGGUUAGUUCUUGUGUGGCGGAUUUGGAACUAUCAUGCACAAACGUGCGAAAUAUCUUUGAAAAGAAAGGAAUGUUGUCGGUGGUGGACAUACAGGAGCAGCCUAAUUCAGAUGCGGGCGGAUUAUGCGGGACGCAGGGCUGCUGCGGCGCGACGGCGCGCGCGCCGCUCACGCAGCAAGCGCGCCGGCAGCUCGAAGACGCGCUGCGCAGCGAGCUCGGCAAGCUGGCGGACGUUCUCAGCAACAGAGCCAAGCGGUUUGAUGACUUCUUCCGCAAGCUGCUGCAGAUCUCGCGCGAGGGCUUCCACGCCAUGUUCAAGCGAACGUACGGCAUGAUCUACGAGCAGCACUCGUACGUCUUCGAGCAGCUCUUCGAACAACUAGAACGGUACUACACUCUCGGCGAUACCAACUUCGAGCACAUGAUGGAUCACUUCUUUGGCAUACUUUAUCAGAAGAUGUUCAGCGUGCUCAACGCUCAAUAUAGUUUCGAUGAAAAGUACUUGAAAUGCGUGAACGAGCACAUGCGCGAGAUCCAGCCGUUCGAGGACGUGCCGCACAAGCUGUCGGUGCAGCUGCGGCGCGCCUUCGUGGCCACGCGCACCUUCCACAAGGCGCUGCGCGCCGGCGCCGACGUCGUGCGCAACAUGAUGCAGGUGGGCGUGGGCGAGGAGUGCGCGGCGGCGUGGGCGCGGCUGCGCUGGUGCGGCGCGUGCGGCGCGGGUGCGGCGCCCGCCUGCAGCCGCUACUGCCACAACGUGCUGCGCGGCUGCCUGCCCGCGCACGCCGACCUCGCCGACAACUGGGACGCCUACGUCGACGCCGUGGAAAAGGUAGCCGAUCGACUUCUCGGUCCAUUUAAUAUCGCCAUGGUCGUGGAACCGAUCGACAUAAAGAUAUCAGAGGCCAUAAUGAGUUUUCAAGAGCACAACCAAGAGAUCUCCCAGAAGAUCUUCGCCGGGUGCGGCAAGCCGGUGCUGGGCGGCGGUGGCGGCGGCGGCGGCGGCGGCGCCUUCUUCGCGCCCGAGCGCAGCCGCCGCUCGCCGCGCGCGCCGCCGCCGCCCGCGCCGCCCGCGCCGCGCCGCCUCGUCGCUAAUGACGUAGACGAUUUCGAAAUCGAAGCCUCCUUCGAGAGUCUACUCAACGACGAUCCUUCCCUCCUCAGCCUGAGGACACCAGAAGGAAUCAAAAAGAUAACUGACGAGAUGGCCGAACAUGCCAAGUCGAGAGAGCGAUUCUUGCAGUAUAUGAGGGGAAAUAUUAAUUUAGAAGCGUACGAAGAACACGAGAGACGGAAACGAGACGCGGAACCCGAGCCCGCCGGAGGAGCUGAAAUCGACUUCAGGUCGUACGAGUUUGCCGGCAAGCGGGGCUCCAAGAAGAAGAAGCCCGCCGCCAAGGCGGAAGACGGCCACGGGUCGGAGUGGGCAGGGCCGGCGCUGGAGAAGCUGGUGCGCGAGACGCGGCUGCGCGUGCGCGCCACGCACCACUACUGGAGCCACCUGCCCGCGCUGCUGUGCAGCCCCGCCAGCGUCACCAGCGCGCCCUGCUUCAACGGCACGCACACCGCCAGCUACACGUUGAGUUCGGCGGGCGAGGGCAGCGAGGCGCUGGCCGCCAACCCGGAGGUGCGCGGCGCGGCGCGCGCGGCGCCCGCCGUGGCGCGCGCGCAGCUCGACGCGCUGCCCGCGCUCACCGCGCGCCUCAAGGACGCCUACAACGGCGUCGAGGUGCAGUGGAAGGACGACAGUGACUCGCUGGCGGCGGCGGAGUCGCAGCUGCACGCGCUGGCGGAGCCGGGCUCGGGCUCGGGCUCCGGCGACGACGCGGACGACGAGGACGCGCGCGACCGCCUGCCCGACGACGACGAGGACCGCGACCGCGACCCGCUCACUGACUAUCCUGAAGGGUCGGGCGAUAGCGGGCGCAGGGACGACGAGGACUCGCUGGAGACGGAGGUGGAGCCGGCGGUGGGCACGGCGCGGCCGCCGCCGGGCGCGGCCGGCCCGCCCGCGCCCGCGCCCGGCGUCGUGGACAGCCCCGCCUCCAACAACGUGCAGGUGCGCGGGCAGGUGGGCGCCGCGCCGCCGCCGCCCGAGCCGCCCGCGCCGCCCGCCGCCGGCGCCGCCGCCGCCGCGCCGCGUCCCUCGCUGCAGAAGGCACUCUUCACCUACGCGCUGCCGGUCGUCUGCGCGUGGUUCGGCACCAUCAUCACCGACUUGAUAUAACCGCACCCCUCGUUACUCCGGUGCUGGAACUCUUUACUCCAUCGAUUGUGCGAGCGACCGUAGCGGACGUGUGCGGCGCGCUGGCGAGCUUAUUCUGCCGGUGGCGUCUGACAUCGAAAGUGUCGUAUGAAUAUUUUACACGUGACGUUUCGGAUAAACUGAAGAGAAUGAAUUGGAUAGUAGUAUCCUAGUCAGUAAAAGCGGAAGUCGAAUGGCGUGUGAGCGCUGCUGUGAUAAAAAGUGGACGGUUUAUGCCUACUACUAUAGGAAAAGUGUCCGAGCAUGAACUUCCUAGAAAAUUUGUAACACGAUAUACGACCACUGUGAAACGUAGUGGACUUUAUUUAUUAUUUUAUAUAAAAUUAUUAGUCUUGGUUUUUAUUACUAUCGAUUUUUAAAUGACGCAUGUACAGUAGAGGUGGAUUUCAUUUGGCCCUAAAUAAAUCCAUUUAUGUGGCUAAAUUUAUAUUACUGCCAGUUUGCUACUGCCGAGCACAUUGUAUUAUUGUGCAUGGAGUGUAAAAUUGAACUUAGCUAGUGAAUGUAAUAUGUCUAUUGUUAUGCGUCAGAUCAAUGUAUGUAUACUAUUUUGUGAGUCUGUGUGGAAUGCUAAUAAUUAAACGUGGAUGUUUAUGUGUAUUAUUCAUAUGGAAUAUCUAUACAUAUUUUAUGUAUACAUACUUAUUAUUAGCCGUUACUUUUUAUUAUAAGAGCAUAUCCACAUAAUGACUCUUUUACGUUAAAAAUGACUUAAGGAACAUGUACAUAUAACUUAGACGUAAUAUUAAAAUUAAUUUAAGAGACUGAUUCGCUUUCGUUUAUUUUAUAUAAAUAUAAUAGCUAAGUUUAUUUGAUCAUACGCGACGGUUGAGCAAAAAAAUAUUGUGAUGUUACAUAUAUCGCUUUUAUAUCUUUUUUUACAGUUUUUUUUCUAUUAUCAUUUAUCGUAGAUGAAUUCGAUGCACACCACACGCUGCAGUGCCGAUGUCUGUAACGCGUGUGUGUGUGAGUGUGUGUGUGUGUGUGUUUGGCGUCCGCGCCGACCAUGUGCGUGGUGCGAGACCGAGCUUGCGCUGUGAAGUGCACUAUUAUAGUCUCGUAAUGGCGAACGCUAUUGUGUACUAUAAUAGUACACAAUAGCGUUCGAGCACUCGCUGGAGCGUCCACAACGAGCUCGAGUCACAAGUUGAAGUCUAACAUGUUAACAUACUAUUAUGUCCAUGCUUUAUUAACGCCAAGCUUUGCCAUAUACUAAAAUCAAUAGGUAACGCACAAUCAGAAAUAAUGUGUAAGCUAAUUUUAUUGUUUGUUUUAUAGCUUUCUUUUCAUCUCAUAAAUGUAAGAUUAAAUGUAAAUUUAAAUAUGACCCCCGUACCAUGCACUCUUGACCCAAUUGUCGGUACAGUCUGAGCCUGAUGCCAGCCGUGAAGUAAUCAUAACGGAACGGAAUCGUUCAAGUAUUUAAUUAAAAUAUUUCCCUUCCGUUCAAGGACAACUCGACUCGCCAAGUGACGCGAUCCACUGUGCAUGAAUAACAUGUGUGUCUGCCAAUUCAUGCAAUUGGUAUGUUAUACAUUUAUUUCUUUUAUAAAUAUAUAAAACAUCCAUCUUAUACAUCUCGAUUAAAACAAAAUCCAACAAAACAUAGAUAGCGAGUUGCACGAGUACGCGGGCUAUGUUUAUCGCCAGCUGAAGCGCGAUAUGUGCGAGCUACGGGACCAAAUUCAUAGUAUAUUAUAUGCCCGAUUUGUGUGCCAUUGUGCUUAUUGUAUAUUCUUUAUUAUUUACGAAACUUUAGUUGUUCCAAAGGAAUUGUUGCACAGAAAUUGAUUAAGGUCUCACUUUUAUAUUAUAUGUCUCGAGCUAGCAGCUAACGAAGCGCAGCUGUAUACUAACGCCAAUUAUUUUUGCGGCCUCACUUUGGGGGCGUUGUAGUCUUUGGUUAUAAAGUACCAAGCCGCUAUAUACUUACUUCUAAAUAUACAUUACAUUUUUAUACAGGAUUCAAAUGUACGGUGUUUUACAAGAAUGUUGAUGUGGUUUUCAGAACAAGAUGGGUAGCGCAAUGCACGCACAUUUAUUUUAUAACAGUCGAAAAAACCAUGAAUCCAAAGAACUACAUCCUAUGAACGAACUUGAAUAAAAUAAAAUUAGUUUCAAAACUCUUAAAUGAUUCUGCUAGUAUACGUCAAGUUUACUUUGUCAGUUGCAAUAGGUUUCUAAGGACCAAAUAACUUUAUCUUAUUCCGAAAAUCACUAAAUUCUGCGGUUUGGCGGUUACUAAAGGAGGUCAGAUUUACAAGUCAGUAAAUUGAAGACUAAUAAUAAUUUAAAACAAUUUUUAGCGCUGUAUAGACUAAAUGUAAAUAUCGUAUUUAAUGUUAUAUGAAAUCAUGUAAUUUAACUACUUUGUGAAAACUGAAUGUGGCUAAGUAGAAGUUUUUAUACAGUUAACGAAACAGGGUACCGAGUUGAUUCAUUAAAGCUACAGUCAUAGUGCAGGAGUAAAUAUUGCCACGGCCUAACAACACGCAGCUGCACCGCACCGCACCGCACUCCGGCGCGCAUCACUAUUCAUUGAUAGCGACAGCUAUGCUACUAUCUAUCAUCGCCACGCGACCAGGUAGCGCCUUGUCAAAUAUAAUUUAUGCCAUGUUGUUAUAUUUUCGGCACUUUCAAUAAGUUUAAAGAGAAAAUUUAUAAUUACAGAAAAUUACUAUAUGCUCGAAGGCGACUUAUGUUAUAACAUAACAUUAUUAGUAUUAUUUAUUACUGCUUUUUUCGAAAAGGCGUCACAUACGUUCGUAACACUAAGAAAAGUUGCCAGUGAAAGCUUUAAAAAUCUAAAAAAAAUCAUAGCAUAGCCUGUGUGUUCUGUUAGGCUGCGGCAUUCAAACAUUAUAAAUAUACUAUUAAAAAAUGUCAUGCAUGUUAACUAUAUGUAUUUAUACAAUAGUGGAAACUGCUCAUACUAGUACCUAACAUUAAUAUGGCCCAGUGACGUGAAAUAUCUACAAUUUGUAUCGCCAGAAACACCAGCCGGUUUGAAUGCCAAUGGGGAGUCUAGUCAAACAGUGUAAUGGCAUUGGAACUGAUAGCAUGAUGUCGGGCAGUUUCCGCGAGCAUCGAGCGCGCCCAACACCGGGGCGUUCAUUGUAAAUUGUAAGUAGUUAAAAUGUUAUCACAGUCGGUAUUGCAAAGGUGUUUUGGAAAUAUAUAUAGUAGAUAUUCAAUUUAAGAUCAGAAAUAAACAUAACAUGUGAA